CGUUCACCGAGGACCGAAGGUGGAAGAUGCGGAAGGCUUUGCUCAGCACCUCAGUCACGUUGGCCAUCGCUCUUCUCGCCGACGGUCAGGCGAAGUUGGUCACUGGCCUCCAAGCGACGGAAGCGCCGCCCGAGGCGCCACCCGAAGAAACAAAGCAGGCGGGGCUCGGUGCCGUGCGCGCGAGAUCUCUCAAACCUGAGGACGACGACGAGGACGACGCCGAGGACGACGACGAGGACGACGACGAGGAGGACGGAACAGUCACAGAAGAAAUUGGCAGUGGGAUCUUGCCGGGUGAAUGGGCGUCCCUCAGCAUGGAAAGUGGCGCCGCGCCGAGGCCGCGCCGCAGCAUCACCGGCUUCGCUGCCGGCUUCCUCACAGCGACCAUUGCCUAUGUGUUUUGGGCCGGACUUGGCGUGGAAUUUGCGGCGAGCUUGCUCACAGCGACGGCUGCUUUUGCAGCGAGGGGGUCGAUGUCGGCACGGCAAAACCCUCGGCCUGUGCUCGUGUAAUAUCGGCAAGAACUCGGCAGAGCCGUCUGCAGUGCUGCACACCGCUCGAGAGGAUAGACAUAUUAAGGUGGCAAUCGAGUGUCGCCGAGCGGCUCUCUCUCGCGUGGACAUCCGCGUCUACUGUGAAUCGUCGAGAUUUCCAUAGUUAGGUAGGGGCCGUAGAAGAGAUAUAGACAGACGCGUCUGCAACCCACGAUUCUCCCCCCACCGGUAGAGCGCUAUCGUGAGCGUUCCUGCACUGCGUGUGGCGGCUCGUGUGGCAGGUUGCACGUUUAGUAUUUUUUUGC